GGAUAAUGUGAAUACUCAUGUUUGACACUAAUUUGGACUAAUUCUACACAUGUGAUAUCGCGUUAAGUCGCUCAACAUCGUCAAGACAACCAUUGUGGUCCCACAAAACAUCACCGGAUGCCCUUCAAUCGGCCGUGCUCACCCCGCCCCUCGCUCAGAAGUGCCUCUCAAUCCGUGUGUUCGGUGGCCUCGGGUUCUUUACUAAAUGCUUCUUUCUCAUGGACUUUCGCUAGUAGUUCGCAACAUUGGGCCAAGCACAUCUCAACCAACCUCCUUACCCUUGAAUUUGAGGUAUGCUUGAUGUAGAAAACGUUUCGUUUGGCGCAUAACUUUGCGAUACCACACCGAAACACACUAAGUGGAGCAAGUUCCGGGUAGGGCUGGCGCGACGACGGGAACUAGUCUUAGGUCUUACUGUUGAUCAACUCCUUAACCUCGGUUUCAUUAUUACUAAUUUGUAAUCAUGGAUGUCCAGCUAGAAAAGUCAGGAAACGGGAAAGAAAGGGAAAUAACUCAACACAUUUCAUGAUGGCAGGUAGCAGCAAGAGAUCACGAUUAUCCGAGUCGGCGUACGCCUCACCCUACUCACAUGUCGGUGCUCCGAGCCCUCAUCCUAACACCGAUCCUUACGCGCCACUUCGCAGUCAAGCGCUCGCGACUCUCGAAGCUAUGGGUUACGACCCUGCGACUAUGGUCGAACGAGGUGUCGUCUGGGCUGAAGACCAAGAUCCGUUUGGCCAUAUGAUGCAUUCGCAGUAUACGCAUUUUUUCGGAACCUGCAUCCAUCGUGUAAUGGAGAGUUACGAUGAGUGGCUCAGCGAGGAAGAAUACGACGAUAUGAUUAACGCGAGAAACGUUGUUCCCGUUCUUCGGAGAUAUACCAUGGAUAUCCGAAGACAAGUCAAGUAUCCCGACUCGCUUAUCGCGGCGUAUCGUCAGGAAUUAAUAGAACCAACGCGGAAUAGUGGUACGACUUCGCUGUUUUCUCUAAAGCAGCAAGCCAUUGUGGCGGAAACCAAAGGUUCGGGGACUUAUAUGGAUGUAAAAACUGCUCGCCCGGUUGAUAUUCGCACUCUUGGUGGUGGAUGGUUAGCUGUGUACGAAGGAUUAGCUAAGAAGUCCGAACGCGCGAAUGCUCUGAAAGAGAAGUGGGAUAGUGAGCAUCCCAAGUCUAGGAUUUAAGUGUCUACCUGCAUUUUGGGGGCAUCAUCGCCGUCAUAUGUUUCAGCCACUCCCUCACAUGGGGGUCUUCACUGGGUAUUAAUAUGCCACGGCGUAGUCUAAUCGAAUUAGAUGAAAGGAUUGACGCCACUGCGGGUAGCAUCGGAUCUUUUGUUUCGAUCAAUUGCUUUUUUCUAAUGCUACGAGUCGAUCAAGUUAGCUAAGAUGAAUAGGAAAUACCGAGUCGCAUUAUGAGGCCGUGGAGAUGCCCAGAAUGGAUGGAAUACAAUGUUUGAAUAAAUUUUCCA